AUGGACAACGUUGAGGCAGCGCUGAAGAGGCUGCGCGACAACCACGAACUCGCCGACUUCACGCUGGUAGCCGAGAAUGGGAAGGAAUGGCGUGUUCACAAGCUGGUGCUGUUCAUGCAUUCUAACGUUCUUUACCGAAUGAGUACCUCCCAAAACUACGCCGAAGGUCAAAUCGGCUGUGUCACCCUGAAAGAAGUUUGCGCGGACUCUAUCAAGGCCAUGGUCCGCUACCUGUACGAUCCCCAAGACUUCAGACCUUAUCACACGGGCUCACCCAAGGACUACGACUCAAUCAAGCAACAUAUGCACAUGCUCAUCGGGAUGUGGAAGCUGGGAGACAUGUACAACAUGGGUCGCAUGAAGGAGCUGGCUAGGACUGUGUACCUUGAGUUCCGCGGCUGCCGCAACUUUGUUGAGCACAUGGAACUCGCAAUCGAUGCUUUGUCUGAGCUUGACGGCCCAACCGAGUUCUGGGACACGAUACGAUACAGUCUCAAACACCUUUUCGAGAGCAGACACCCAUAUGAGCCGAAAGACGUCGCGAAGAUGUUCAAGGAGUAUCCUGACCUCGCCAUGGGCGUGCUGGAGGAUUUGGUGAACGUUCACUACCGCACGAACUGUCCUAAUCCGUGA